AUAACACCCUCACAGCCCCUAAACAACAAGAAGCAGAGAUGGCAUCAAGAAAAGCCUUGAACCAGUUUCUGAUUCUGCCAGUCUUGCUGAUAACUUGCUUUAUUUUUCUGGGGCAAUGUGCUAGGCUGCAGAACACAGAAGAGGGAGAGGAUUUGGUCACUGCAACCUGCAAGCACACCCUUCAUUUUAAAGUGUGUGUAUCUUCCUUGAGAUCAGUUCCUAGUAGCAAGAGUUCAGAUCUCAAAAAGCUGGCUGAGAUUGCAUUGAAUCUGAGCUCAAAUUAUGCUGCAAAGACAUUGUCCUAUGUGUGUAAGCUGAAAUCUUCUACUGCUAAUGUCACCAACAGUAACAGGUACAUGUCUCGUUGCUUAAGUGAUUGCAUAGAGGAAUACAAAGAAGCCAGAGAGAAUUUGCAGGACUCAGCAGAAGCAUUUGCAGAAGGAGAUUAUGACCAGGUAGAUACAUUGGUGUCUGCUGCUAUGUCAGAUGCUGAGACAUGUGAGGAUGGAUUCAAGGAGGUGUUCAUUGAUGAUGGCAAUAAGGAUUAUUCCAAUCCUUCUCUUACUAAGAGAAACAGUUACUUCUUUGAACUGUGUAGUAAUGCUCUGGCCAUUACAAAAUUAUUAGUUUGAGUGCAUGCAAAAUUAUUGGAACAUGGUGGGGCACAAAUGAGUUGUUAUAGCUGAUAGGUUACCUGUUGAAAUGUGCAUUCAGUAAUGUCUUCCAUACAUUCAUGUUUUUAGUUGAAACAUUGUGGCCAGAUUGAAUUAAUGCUUAAAGUGGUGAUUUCUCUUA